AUGCCUUUCGGGAACACCCACAACAAGUGUAAGAUGAACUACCCAGCGGAAGAGGAGUUUCCUGAUCUUUCCCUGCACAAUAACCACAUGGCCAAGGCUCUCACCUUGGACAUCUACAAGAAACUGCGUGAAAAGGAGACCUCCAGUGGCUUCACCCUGGAUGAUGUCAUCCAGACGGGCGUUGACAACCCAGGCCACCCCUACAUCAUGACCGUGGGCUGUGUGGCUGGUGACGACGAAUCCUAUGAUUGCUUCAAGGAGAUUUUUGACAUUGUGAUCCACGACCGUCAUGGAGGCUACAAACCGACUGACAAGCACAAGACCGACCUGAACCACGAAAAUCUUAAGGGUGGGGAUGAUCUGGACCCCAACUACGUGCUCAGUAGCCGUGUGCGGACUGGCCGUAGCAUCAAGGGCUAUGCCCUGCCUCCCCAUUGCAGCCGUGCAGAGCGCCGAGCUGUGGAGAAGCUUUCCAUCACUGCCUUGAACAGCUUGACCGGAGAGUUUAAGGGCAAGUACUACCCCCUUAAGAACAUGACCGAUGCAGAACAGCAGCAGCUGAUCGACGACCACUUCCUCUUCGACAAGCCCGUCUCCCCACUGCUGCUUGCUUCCGGGAUGGCCCGUGACUGGCCAGACGGCAGGG